GAUCUGAAGGUUCACAACCUUUGUAUCCAUAUUUUCUCUCUGAAUGAUGACAGUCCGAGCAUGCUUGCUCUGGAAGAGGAGGAGGAGCUUUCGGCUGCCAAUCAUUGGCUCCUCCCAGCAGCUGAGUUUCAUGGCAUUUGGGAAAGUUUGAUUUAUGAGGAAGGCAUCAAAACACAACUCUUGGAUUAUGUUUCGACAACAAUUUUCUUCUCUGACAGAAAUGUCGACAGCAAUUUGAUUGCCUGGAAUCGUGUCGUGUUACUUCACGGGCCGCCUGGCACAGGGAAGACGUCUCUGUGUAAAGGACUUGCCCAGAAACUCUCCAUCAGACUGUCUGGCAGAUAUGCACACAGCCAGUUCGUGGAGAUCAACAGCCACAGCCUCUUCUCCAAGUGGUUCUCAGAGAGCGGGAAACUGGUCACAAAGAUGUUUCAGAAGAUCCAGGAGCUCAUCGAUGAUAAAGAUGCCCUGGUGUUUGUCCUGAUAGAUGAGGUGGAGAGUCUCACAGCCUCGCGGAGCGCCGCUCAAGCAGGAACGGAGCCGUCUGACGCUAUUAGGGUGGUCAAUUCAGUUCUGACCCAGCUCGACCAGAUCAAACGGCACCCAAAUGUUGUCAUCCUCACCACAUCCAACGUCACAGAAAAGAUCGAUCUGGCCUUUGUGGACCGAGCUGAUAUAAAGCAGUACAUCGGCCCCCCGAGCGCCAGCGCCAUAUUCCACAUCUAUCUGUCCUGUCUGGAGGAACUCAUGAAGCGUCACAUCAUCUACCCCAGACAGCAGCUGCUGAGUUUGGAGGAACUGGGCACCAUGAACUUCAUGGAGAGCGACGUGACCCGUCUGAGCUUAACCCUGAGGAACCUCGCCCAGAGGAGUGUGGGACUCAGUGGACGAGCCUUGAGGAAAAUCCCAUUUCUGGCUCAUGCGCUCUAUGGAAAGUCCUCCACAUUGACAGUCGAGGGUUUUCUGAAAGCGAUGGAGCGCGCCGUGGACAAACAGAGACAGGAGCAGCGUUUCUAGUCCGUUCACCAGCUUCAUCCUCUGAACAUGUUGCUAAUGUUGUCCUAGAACAAGCCAGUGUUGUUUUAUUUCACAUUUGAGAGUUUAAAACGGCACUUAUCUAUGAGACUAUGAGUCAUCUGCUAGGUAACAUAAGAUAUUCAUAAGCUGAAGAUGUGGUGUCCAAAAUCCAUGUUUGAAAUGUGCAAUGUAGCAGCUGCUAUUUGCAUAUGAAAAAAAAAAAGUUUUUUUUUUAUG